AUGACCAAAAACUUGAUUCCAUCGAUAUUGCACAACUUGAAUGAUUUUUUGAAGUAUAAUGACUUUUUCAAGUUUGGAAAGUUCAAUUGGUAUGUCAAAAGGACCAUUCCCUUGGAUUCAAUUAUUUUGAUGUUUGUUAUCAUCACCGUGAAAUUCAAGUACGAGUUUAUGGCCUUGAAUGAGUUGGUUAUCUAUGUCAAGUUGAUCAACAAGGCAUUAUUUAUUCUUCAUCGCAAGUGGUUCAAAAACGAAAAGUACAAGAGAAUGUUGUCUCUUGCCAAUAUGACCUGGGAGUACAUUCUCAAAAAGUUCAACAUCAUCAACCUUAUCAACCAAUAUAUGUCGUUGAACCUGAAGAGAAAGCAAGAUUUCAACAUGGAGUUCAUUGAUUUCCAUGUUUCAGGUUACACGAACAUGACUGAGUUGUUCAGCAUUAUGGAUGUUCCUCAACCACUCUUGUUAGAUCCACAAACAAGAAAACUUGUUCCUGUUACUUCAGACGCCCACAACUCCAAUGCUGAGGAGUCGCCCAAAGGAACAUCAAUGUCAAGGUCAAGCUCUGGUCAGCUGAACGAUCUGGCAGCUAGUUUCCUUCAUGACAACUUGAUGCAAGGAGUUGAUAUUGCUUCACCUGAGCUUAAUGCUGAAUCAAUGCCUCAUACAAGUAGAAGUGAACUUGUGCAAAUGAAGGAAAAGUUGUAUUAUGACUUACGAAACAAUUAUGUGGAUAUUAACGACUACUGUGCUUUCUACUCGUCAUUGGAGAACAUUUUACAUGAACUUCUUGACUACAUCAAUGAUAAUGAGUGA